CGCGGCUCCGGCGCUUCCCGAGGAGAAGCGGAAGCGGCGGCGAGCGGGGAGCGGCCGCGGGUCGCGCGCACUCCUGUGUAGCCCUCGAUCAGCUGCCAUGAGCUUGCUGCACAGUGACAGCAGCUGUGGAGCCCGAGACGGGGACAGCGGCUGCUGCGCAGCCAUGGCCAGCGCCUGCAGCGUGGGAGCCAAGGAGGAGAGCUCCAGCGUCGGCAGCAGCGCUGGCAACCCGCCCAGCUCUUUCUCAGAGGAAACACAAGGAUACGACGUGGAGUUCGAUCCGCCCCUGGAAAGUAAAUAUGAGUGUCCCAUCUGUCUGAUGGCUCUCCGGGAAGCAGUGCAGACCCCGUGUGGCCACCGUUUCUGCAAAGGCUGCAUUGUCAAAUCAAUCAGAGAUGCAGGUCACAAAUGUCCUGUAGACAAUGAAAUUCUGCUUGAAAAUCAACUUUUUCCUGACAACUUCGCCAAACGGGAAAUCCUUUCAUUAAUGGUUAAGUGUCCCAACAAGGGCUGCAGUAUGAAGAUGGAGCUCAGGCACUUAGAGGACCACCAGCUGCAGUGUGAUUUUUCCACUGUGGAAUGCCCACAGUGCCAAGGAACCUUCCCAAAGAACCAUCUGAAGGAGCACAUGACCCAGGAGUGUCCAAGGCGCCAAGUGUGUUGCCCAAACUGUGCCACAUCUAUGGCCUAUGAAGAUAAAGAGCUUCAUGACCAAACCUGCCCACUUGCCAAUGUAUUUUGUGAAUAUUGCAACACAGUGCUCAUCAGAGAGCAGAUGCCUAACCAUUAUGACAAUGAUUGUCCUACUGCCCCGGUACCAUGUUUUUACAGUGCCUUUGGGUGUCCUGAAAAGAUGCAAAGGAAUGAACUGGCACGACAUAUGCAGGAGUUCACUCAGGUUCACAUGAGAAUGAUGGCUCAGAGUUUCCAGAACAUUAGUGUCACUGCUGCAAAUCCUGUACCCUUCAUCAAUGGCCUACCCUUCGAGCCUGCCCUCUUCUCACAUGUGUCACAUGCUGCAUAUGACUGCAAUCCAGAAGUUGAAAACUUCAAGGAAACUAUUCAGCAGUUGGAAGGUCGUCUGGUAAGACAAGAUCACCAAAUCAGGGAACUCAUUGCUAAAAUGGAGACUCAGAACACUCACAUGGCAGAACUCAAACGUACUAUCCGAAUCUUGGAGGGAAAGAUUACUGAAAUGGAGGCACAGCAAUGUAAUGGUAUUUAUAUCUGGAAGAUUGAGAACUUCAGUGGACUGCAGAAAGCCCAGGAAGAAGAGAGACCUGUAGUGAUGCACAGUCCUGGCUUCUAUACGGGGAAGCCUGGCUACAAGCUGUGCUUGCGCCUGCAUAUCCAGUUACCAAAUGCUCAGCGCUGCGCUAAUUUUAUCUCUCUGUUCGUCCACACUAUGCAAGGGGAAUAUGACAGCCACCUGCCCUGGCCUUUCCAAGGCACCAUACGACUUUCUAUUUUGGAUCAAUCAGAAGGGCCGGAAAGGCAGAACCAUGAAGAGGUGAUGGAAGCCAAGCCAGAGCUACUGGCUUUCCAGAGACCAACAAUUCACCGCAAUCCCAAAGGUUUUGGUUAUGUGACUUUCAUGCACCUGCAGAACUUGAAACAGAGAGCCUUCAUCAAGGAUGACACGCUCCUGGUGCGCUGCGAGGUUCUAACGCGCCUGGACUUGAACAGUGUCCGCAGAGAAGGCUUCCAGGCCCGCAGUACUGAUGGAGCCAUGUAGCCUGCAAGUCCUAACCAGGGGAAUGGAGCCUUACUCACGCUGUUCCACACAGAUCACAAAAGUGAUCUUCUUGUGCUUCAUUUUCCACAAAGGCUGUGUUGCCAACAUAGUUGAUCUUCACCUGAAUGGAACUUUGCUGUUGCUGGUAUAUUUUUUUCUCUAUGAGGUCAUAUGCUUAAAUAUUUGGUAAGGUUCUCUCCUGAAAUAAUAAGCUACUUCUGUAGCAAGCUAACUAAAUGAAGUGUUAAUCAAAACUUAACUGCCUACAGGAAAAUCCUAUUGUAGAACCUGUGCAUCUCGGUUUGGUAAAACUUCACUCAUAUCGAAUAGAUCUGUAAGUCUUCACCUCAGUGCCUUGAAAUAGAUGCUGUUGGAAGGAAGUAGCAAAAUUAAUAAAGAUGAGGAAUUUUUUCUUUUUUUUUUUUCACAGAGCUUGGGAAAGUUGAGAGAGUUUCUGUAUUAACUUAUGUAGAAUUUUGCAUUGGCUAGGUCUCUCUUGAAGUUUGAAGUUAGGGUUAGGACUUUGUUCAUGUCACCAAGGGUUCAGGUAUGCUUUGACCCUUUCCUCCUUCAGGAAGUUGCAUGUUGAUGUAGAGUUGAUGCAGAGUUGAUGCUGGUAUUUCCAAAAGACAUGAGGUAGUGCUGUGGAGAAGGCUUAAAUGACUGUGAGCUGCAUUCACUGAAGAAAUACUUGUAAUGUGGUCUGAAAGUGCCUCCCUAAUUCUCUUUAUUUUGAUAAAUCUUUCUGUAAGUGUGUCCUCUAGGCCCAGAAUGUCAACCACAAUCAUCAAGAGAUACAAAAGUUCAGCAUUUGAAUGAACUGCCUUUGUGCUGGUGGAAUCUCCUAGUGCUGGACAUGUUUCAGGUUGUGUGGACACAUGAGUAAAGGGAUGCACCAGAGAGGGUGAUGCAGAAUUUGUUUUACUGUUGUUGAAACCUGAAUUUGUACAAAAUCUGAACUUUUGACCUGCAUCUGUUGAAGUGAUCUCUUGGAUUUGUGGAUGAUGUACAACUCAUGUCAUCCCCUAUGAAUUCUCCGUGGGCUGCUGGCCAUAUUGGCAUCCAGCUGCUGAGGGUAUUUCCUGUCCCUUUAGACAAUAGGAGUUGGGCCAACUCAGCAAUUUGGACAAUAAGGAAAGCCUGCUAAUUCGGCAGUGUGAGGAAAAAGUGUAAUCCUGUUUGCUUUUAGGAAGAAAAUCUGGCUUCCACAGUUACUCAUUUAUCAAACACUAGAUUCACUGUGCCAAGGAUUCAUGAGGUUCCUAAUGCUGUGUGUAUUAUUGUUUUCUGUACUGACUGAUUGUAUGCCAUGUAAAUGUUAGUUUUGAGCAGUCAAAGCUGAAUAGUUCAAGUUCACUGGUGCUAAAAAUUUUAACUUAUCAUGGUGCUGAUAGAGUUCUGAAUCUGUCUUUAAAAGGAGGGAAGAAAAACAUUUUGUUCACCCCAUAACCUAAGUACACAUUCCCAUACUGAAGAAAGAAUUAAGCGAUGCAUGAGCUUAUGUGUAUUAUUUAUCCAAGCUAGUGAAACAACCUAAAGACUUGAGACACUGCAGCUUAAGAUAUACUGAAGAGUGUUCCAACUGUGUGGCCUCAUCAGAGCAAUACCAGUGGGGAAAGGGCACAUUGCUUAGUAUGUACAAGACUAAAGAAAGACUGCUGUACUUCGGUGGUUUGGGAGGAUACUCUGCCUGCCUGCAUGAGAGGUAAAGGUUCCAGGACCCAACCUACCACUUUGUUCAUCAUAUCCAGAUGAGUAAAAUUUCUUCUGCAAGUAGAACCUAUUAGAUGGAAGAGGGAUUGUGGUCAAUGGAGUAUUGUCAUUACUGAAACAUGGACUUCCUGGCUAAUGGUAAAUGCAGUUAGUUGCUGGUGACUUUAGUGUAUUCUCUGUCAUUAGGGGACAGGUGAGCAUAUAUUACUCAAACUAUGGAAAGACCUCAGCUUUAAAACCAAAGUAGGUUUUAUAAUGAAUAGCCUCAUCCUUUCAGCUGCAUUGUGCUGCAGUGUCUUCAUUUGGAGCGCUCCCAGUAGUUCAGCCAUUCUUACCUAAGAGCUGUCAAUGUCCAUGGCAGUGCACAGAGCCACUCUACACAGAAGGCACUGUACACAAGUACAGUGUAAUCCAUUUUCAAGCUGUGUUACUAUCCUUGUUUUUUUCAGGAUGCUCAAAAACUGACAUUCUCUUUUGUUCCCCUUCUUGUUUUUUGGGGGCAGGAGGGAGAAGCAGUCAGAAGAAACACUCAUUUGAGAGCUUCUUCCUGCUCCAGGUCCUUCCUCAACCCUAGCAAUAAGAAAAAUGUCCUUAUUCUCUGUUCAAAUCAUUUAUACCCAAGACCCACUAAAUGCAUUAAUACUUUCUUUGCUUCUGAAGAUUUGCAUUCUGAAUGCAAUUUUUGCUUUGAGCCUUAUCUGCUAGAUCUGAUGUACUUCUGCCUCUGAGGAGGAGACUCCCUUUGGAGGCAGGGUUUAAAUUAUUCAGGUUGAAAUUGUACAACAGCACAAGCCAAUAGGGAAUAGAAGGCUACUGCAUGUAUAAUACUGUACUGGCCGUAGUAAUAUGGAUGCUUUAUUCACUGCUGCUGUUCUACUGGUUUUGUGUUUUUAUAUUACCAACUAGAAUGCUGAGUGAUGUCAAAUUACUGUAAUGUCAGAGUAUUACAUGAGAGACUCUCAGAACUAAUUUGCUAAAUGUCAGUUAAAUCUUACUGUCAUGAAAAGAUUAUAAAUGUUAACAAAAUAUUUAUUCACAUACGAGUUCAUUUUCCUCUUUUCCCUUUCUCCAAAUCUCUGCUUUUGAGAACUUGUUUUACCAUGGUGGAUUGAGGUAUAAUUGCUAGAACUAUUUAAAUGGAAGGAGAAAGGUCUGCAGAGUUGUCUCUAUAACAGAUACAAAGAAGUAUGGGGAUUUAACCCACGUCCCAUAUAACUUGUUCACAAGGGGGUAACUUAAUGCUUUGCAGCAUUGCUAGGUCUCAAGGUGGUUAUAAAGUGGCUUAGCUGCUUUUAUCUUCCAAAUUUCUGUUGUCUUUAACAUGUUUUAAGUCACCAAUUCUUAUGUGUAUUUGCAAAGCUGCUAUGGCACAAAUUUUCCAAUUAUAAUAUAUUAUGAACGUGUUAUCUCUUUGCCUCUGAAUGUUCCCCUGCAGGGCAGGGAAAAUUAUUUUGCUAAAAAUGUUGGUAUGUAAUGUAUAUGUGGGAGCUCAGAUAAUGUGAGAUUGUACAGAGUUGGUUUUUAAGCGGUCUCAUGAUAUGUCUGGUCAUGUUUGCUAUCAAGGGAUUAAACUUGCUAAUGAAAUGAAAUCAGGAUGACCUUCUGUUCUUACUUAGAGAUGGCAGCAGACCAAAUACAUUGAUGAUGGAUGCAAAAGAUUAUUCUGUGUCAAUGUUAAAGGUUUGUAUUGGUUUGCAUUUGAACAAAAAGAAAGUACUCCUGUUCCCUUGGGUGUAUUGAUUGAUAGUUUAAUAUAUUUUGUAAUUAAUGCACAGCUAUUUUUCUGACAGAACUUCAAAAAAUAAACUAAUUGAACUGUG